AAGACUACUGAAGAAGAUAAAACGUCGAAGAAGAAUUCGGACUCUACCAAAGAAGAAAAAACGUCGAAGAAGAAUUUGGACACUGCAAAAGAAGAGGAAACGUAGAAGAAGAAGGCACCAAUUUAAAGUUUAGAGAUUCCCAUCAUGGCGGAGUUUGAAUCAAAGAAAGUAAUCAAAUUAGUCCCAGAGUAUCUCUUGAAGAAGAGGAAAACAUACCAGGCUAUUAAAGCCACACAAGCCAAGCUUGCCCUGCUUGAAAAGAGAAAGGUCUCAAAAGGUGCACCAAUAAAAUUCAAGCGCUUGGAAGACUUUUUGAAGGACAGCCAUAAGAAACGUCGGGAUGAUACUCGCAUACAUCGCCUUGGGCAGAGGCCGCCUGCCCCUCUGCCUCCUGCCAAGUAUAAAUUGGCUUUUGUUGUCCGCAUCAGAGAUAUUCGAGGUGUCAGUCCCAAAGUGAUGAAUGUUAUCCAGAAGUUCAGGCUGAGAAAAAUCUUCAGUGGAACCUUUGUCAGGAUCUGCAAUACCUCUGUGAUGAUGUUGAAGAUUGUUGAGCCCUAUGUGGCCUGGGGAUAUCCAAACUUAAAGUCUGUGCGGGAGCUCAUUCUGAAGAGGGGACGGACCAAGGUGGGCAAGAGCGCAGUUCCCUUAACAGAUAAUACCUUCAUUGAGGAACACAUGGGUAAACAUGGAAUAAUCUGUUUGGAGGACCUGAUUCAUGAGGUCCACUCAGUUGGCAAAGCUUUUCAGGAAACCAAUAACUUCCUCAUGCCUUUCAAGCUGUCAGUUGCUCGUUAUGCCGCCAGGGACAAGGCGGGGCUCCUCAAGGACCUAGGAAAACCUGGAUUUCGUGGCACAGACAUUAAUACCAUCAUCAGGCAACUGAACUGAGGGGAAAAUGCACAAGAUGGACUUUGAACAACAGCCUAAAUGCUACAAGUAUGCAAAAUCUUACCUCUGUAAUUCUCGUAUUUUGGGUGAAAAAAAAUCAUACUGUACAUUUUACAUUUAUUGUUUUAAGAUACAAAAUUUUAAGUCACUUCAUGCGAGUUCCAUUUUUUUCCCGCCCACUUAAACAAGAUAUCCCUAAAAUGAGUUUAAAAAAAAAAAAAGUCCCAAUGGAACUCGUCUGAAGUGACUUGAGAUUAAAAUAAAAUUUGUACAAUAAGAUGUUUUCAACUAGUAGUAAGAUACAUUCUCCUGGUAAGAUUUUUUUUUUUUUUUUUUUGCAUCCCUGUCAUCACAAAUACAGAUUUGUUUUGAUUUUCAUCUCUUUCCUAUUUAAUGCGCAAAGCUAUCCUAUGUGUUGUUCAAAUUGCAUGCUACUUGUUGGAAGACGUUCUCCCUGGAGGUGGCACUCAUCAAUUGUAAAAUAUUGUACUGUGUGAAAAGAUGAAUGCAUAUUUUUGGGCAGGUUGUACAUUCAGGCAAUGGGACAUGCCCAGAUAUCGUUUUCCCCACUAUAAAUUGUAAGAUGGGUUCCCCGAUUAAUAAAACAAGGCGAAAUGACAUUUUGAACAUUGUUUAAUAAAAUUUAA